CUUCCGUCUCAUGCUCCCCCUGUUUCCGGGAAAAUCCCUGAGAAAAUGGAAUCCUGAGGCCGUACCCAAAUAGUUCAGCGAUUUUGUUAGAAUAAAACUACGUCCGUAAUAAGGAAUAACGACACAAAUACAAGACAGCAACUGGAUCGUGGGGGACUCAAAGACAGACGGCGUUUUUAUCUCCAGCUUCGCUCCCUUCGACACCUGAUGGAGGGCUCCGACAGUUCCGAGCCGGGCGCCGGUGACCAACCAGAGGUCCAGCGCAGGCGGCAGCGGGACCGGCUAGACCGGGAGGAGGCCUUCUACCAGUUUGUCAACAACCUGAGUGAGGCAGACUACCGGCUGAUGAGAGACAACAACCUGCUGGGUACCCCAGGUGAGAUCACAGCAGAGGAGUUAUUGAGUCGGCUGCAGCAGAUUAAGGAUGGACCAGAGCAGCAGCAGCAGCCUAGCAUCAACACCAGCGAGACUGGAGAAGCUACAGGAGAACCGACAGAACCAGCGGAAGGUCCAGAGGACCCGUCUAAUGGCGACACCCUCUUGGAUUGGCUGAACACCGUCAGGCGGACAGGCAACACCACCCGCAGUGGUCACCGAGGCAACCAGUCGUGGCGGGCAGUGAGCCGGACCAACCCAAACAGCGGAGACUUCCGGUUCAGUCUUGAGAUCAACGUUAACCGUAACCUGGCCGAGCAGCAGGCCCGCACCGAUGUGGAGACUGGGGAGGCUCCGGAGGAAGCCCCAGCAGGAGCACCUGGCGAUGGGGUGGAGGCAGUGGUCGGAGUGGAGGUCCAGACUGAGGCAGGGGCGGAGGCAGGGGCGGAGGCAGUGGUCGGAGUGGAGGUCCAGACUGAGGCAGGGGCAGAGGCAGGGGCGGAGGCAGUGGUCGGAGUGGAGGUCCAGACUGAGGCAGGAGCACCUGGCGAUGGGGCGGAGGCAGUGGUCGGAGUGGAGGUCCAGACUGAGGCAGGGGCGGAGGCCGGGGCGGAGGCAGUGGUCGGAGUGGAGGUCCAGACUGAGGCAGGGGCGGAGGCAGGGGCGGAGGCAGGGACUGUGGUGCCCAUGGAGACGGGAGAGGUGCUGGAGGAACCAGUUGUGGAGGAGCUGGCUGUCAUAGUGGAACCAGAAGCAGAGAUGGAGCCAGAGGCUGAAGUAGAAGCUGAGCCAGAACUAGAAGCAGAGAUGGUCCCAGAGUUAGUAGUAGAGGUAGUCCCACAGCCGCCCAGCCCUGUCCCCACCACCCCUCCGGUCUCCAGACCAGCCAGUCCCCUGGUGCAGGCCACACUGGCCCCCGCCCCUCCCAGCCCUCCCCCUGAGGAGCCUCCACGACGUGGCCAGAGACGAGCCCGCAGCCGUAGCCCCGAGCAACGCCGGACCAGGGCUCGCACCACACGGAGCCGUUCACCCCUCACCCUGGACCGACUGGACGGCCUCCCCCGCCAAGUGCCCAACGCCGCCUCCUCACACAGCCCCCCGACUCUGCCCCCCCAGGCCCCCGUAGAGGGAAGCUCACGGACUCGACAGCAUGUUCUGUCCCGGCAAAGCACCGCAGAGUACGAGGUCCAGUCAGCCGGAACAGGGUCCGGGACCGCCCCAGAGCCCGUUACCGCCCCACCCCAGGAGGGAGAGGCCGCCGGUGGGGAUGGAGCGGCAGGACGACGUCCUCCCACCAUCAUGCUAGACCUGCAGGUGCGUCGCGUUCGUCCAGGUGAGUACCGCCAGAGGGACAGCAUCGCUAACAGAACCCGCUCACGCUCCCAGAACUCCAACAACACCUUCCUGUACGAGAGCGAGAGGGGUGGAUUCCGCCGGACCUUCUCCCGGUCCGAGCGUGCGGGCGUGAGGACGUACGUCAGCACCAUCAGGAUCCCCAUCAGGAGGAUCAGCGACGCAGGGUUGGGAGAGGCCACCUCUAUGGCUCUGCAGACCAUGAUACGACAGAUCAUGACCGGAUUCGGAGAGCUCAGCUACUUCAUGGACUCGGACUCUGAUUCCUCGGAUUCAAACCGUGGAGCCGGUAACCCUUCCGGCGCUGCCGACCUGGCCGAGGCGCUCAACACUCCCGACAGGGGAGUAGCCGGUAUGGCGGAGGUGGGGGAGCCUCCUGUCUCAGUGGGUGGGCCUAGUGUGGGAGGAGCCGGUGAGGCAAGGACAGAGGAAGGGGAAGAGGGGGUUGGUGUUGGUCUGGCCCCAGGGAUAGGUUUAGGGGUGGGGGGCACCCCCAGGGAGGGGCGAGGUCGGCCACGUGCCCCCAUCAGCCUGGAGGAACCAGGGUCACUACCCUUCCUCCGCCUUGCUCACUUCUUCCUCCUGAAUGAUGAGGAUGAGGAACAGCCCAGAGGACUCACCAAGGAGCAGAUCGACAACCUCUCCACCAGGAACUUUGGGGAGAGUGACGCUCUGAAGACCUGCAGUGUGUGCAUCACAGAGUACGCCGAGGGGAACAAGUUGAGGAAGUUGCCCUGUUCUCACGAGUACCAUGUUCACUGUAUCGACCGCUGGCUGUCUGAGAACUCUACCUGUCCUAUCUGCCGCAGGGCCGUGUUGGUGUCUGCUAACCGGGAGAGUGUGGUCUAAGCCGGAGAGCUGAAGGACAGGGGUCAACGCUGCUCCUGGCAGCUCCAGUAUAUAACCACGGUGUCAGUUCCGCAGGCCUUUCUCCUAGUCAGACCAUUUACAUUGUUCAUGUUUUCAUUCUUAAGACGUCACUGACCUUUUUAUCUAACUGACAUUUCCGGUGUUUGGAGAGACAGACGGGACGGACGAGACGGUGGUGUCCUCAUAGUGUAGUAAGAGAUAUUAGAGAUGCCACUGUCCCAUUGGCCAACAGACCCCACUCUCCCUUACCUACCCUGAGAGGACCAACAGACAGACCCCACUCUCUCUUACCUACCCUGAGGAGACCAACAGACCCCACUCUCCCUUACCUACCCUGAGAGGACCAACAGACAGACCCCACUCUCCCUUACCUACCCUGAGAGGACCGACAGACAGACCCCACUCUCCCUUACCUACCCUGAGGGGACCAACAGACCCCACUCUCCCUUACCUACCCUGAGAGGACCAACAGACCCCACUCCCCCCUACCUACCCUGAGAGGACCAACAGACAGACCCCACUCUCCCUUACCUACCCUGAGAGGACCGACAGACAGACCCCACUCUCCCUUACCUACCCUGAGAGGACCAACAGACCCCACUCUCCCUUACCUACCCUGAGAGGACCAACAGACACACCCCACUCUCCCUUACCUACCCUGAGAGGACCAACAGACACACCCCACUCUCCCUUACCUACCCUGAGAGGACCAACAGACACACCCCACUCUCCCUUACCUACCCUGAGAGGACCAACAGACCCCACUCUCCCUUACCUACCCUGAGAGGACCAACAGACACACCCCACUCUCCCUUACCUACCCUGAGAGGACCGACAGACAGACCCCACUCUCCCUUACCUACCCUGAGAGGACCGACAGACAGACCCCACUCUCCCUUACCUACCCUGAGAGGACCAACAGACAGACCCCACUCUCCCUUACCUACCCUGAGAGGACCAACAGACACACCCCACUCUCUCUUACCUACCCUGAGAGGACCAACAGACAGACCCCACUCUCCCUUACCUACCCUGAGAGGACCAACAGACACACCCCACUCUCCCUUACCUACCCUGAGAGGACCAACAGACCCCACUCUCCCUUACCUACCCUGAGAGGACCAACAGACACACCCCACUCUCCCUUACCUACCCUGAGAGGACCAACAGACACACCCCACUCUCCCUUACCUACCCUGAGAGGACCAACAGACCCCACUCUCCCUUACCUACCCUGAGAGGACCAACAGACAGACCCCACUCUCCCUUACCUACCCUGAGAGGACCAACAGACACACCCCACUCUCCCUUACCUACCCUGAGAGGACCAACAGACACACCCCACUCUCCCUUACCUACCCUGAGAGGACCAACAGACCCACCCCACUCUCCCUUACCUACCCUGAGAGGACCAACAGACAGACCCCACUCUCCCUUACCUACCCUGAGAGGACCAACAGACACACCCCACUCCUCCCUUACCUACCCUGAGAGGACCAACAGACAGACCCCACUCCUCUCUUACUUGUCUUACACCAAAUGGGACUCCACUGUCCCCACCUGACCCUGCUCUCCACCUGAAAGACUUAACUGCAUUUAUCAAUACUCUGGAACCGGUCCACAGUCUGUCAGUGUGUCAAAGCUCGCUGAAUUAGUUUUUAAGUUAAAACUGUAGAGUGUUGUACAGGCUUUAAUGGGGAGAACAAGAUGUGACGUGCUCGGAUUCCGUUGGGAAUUCUUAGCUAUCAGUUUAUUUGGAAUCGUAUCGCAUCAUAUUCAGGACAUCGGAAUCAAUGGUACUGAUUAUUGAUUAUGAAUUGUGUUGAACCGUCGUUGAGAUGGGAUGUAAGUAUUUUGUUGACUGAUGCUAGUAUGUAGUCUAACUUUAGCCCAUCGACAUGAAGCAUUUUCUGUUUCUGCCCUCUGACAGGGUUUCAUCAUGACAUCUCAGAGUAGGAGUGGUGACCUAGGAUCAGUGGUGACCUAGGAUCAGUGGUGACCUAGGAUCAGUGGUGACCUAGGAUCAGUCCAUCAGUGGUGACCUAGGAUCAGUCCAUCAGUGGUGGUCUAGGAUCAGUCCAUCAGUGGUGGUCUAGGAUCAGUGGCGGUCUAGGAUCAGUCCAUCAGUGGGGGUCUAGGAUCAGUGGGGGUCUAGGAUCAGUGGGGUCUAGCAUCAGUGGGGGUCUAGGAUCAGUGGGGGUCUAGGAUCAGUCCAUCAGUGGUGGUCUAGGAUCAGUGGGGGUCUAGGAUCGAUCAGUGGGGGUCUAGGAUCAGUGGGGCUCUAGGAUCAGUGGGGGUCUAGGAUCAGUCCAUCAGUGGUGGUCUAGGAUCAGUGGGGGUCUAGGAUCAGUCCAUCAGUGGGGGUCUAGGAUCAGUGGGGGUCUAGGAUCAGUCCAUCAGUGGUGGUCUAGGAUCAGUGGGGGUCUAGGAUCAGUGGGGCCAUCAGUGGGGGUCUAGGAUCAGUCCAUCUGGUGGUCUAGGAUCAGUGGGGGUCUAGGAUCAGUGGGGGUCUAGGAUCAGUCCAUCAGUGGGGGUCUAGGAUCAGUGGGGGUCUAGGAUCAGUUCAUCAGUGGGGGUCUAGGAUCAGUGGGGGUCUAGGAUCAGUGGGGCUCUAGGAUCAGUGGGGGUCUAGGAUCAGUGGGGAUCUAGGAUCAGUCCAUCAGUGGGAGUCUAGGAUAAGUGGGAGUCUAGGGAUCAGUGGGGAUCUAGGAUCAGUGGGGAUCUAGGAUCAGUGGGGGUCUAGGAUCAGUCCAUAUAAUAUUUUUCAUUAAACCUAAGAAGCCCAACUGAUCCUAGAUCCUCACUCCUACUCUGGGACACUGUGGAUACGGGCCCUGAAUGAUAACAACAACCUAGUGAUCCUAGCCUUGUGAUGUCACCAUGACAACCUGUUGAUUCUGCUACAAUAUGACCAGGAAGUAAACAGAGGGCUGCAUUAUGGCUCCGUCUCAAACUCCACCCUAUCUCUAUAUAGUGCACUACCCAUAGGACUCUGGUCAGAAGUACUGCUCUAUAUAGGGAAUAGUGACAUUUGGGAAUCACAUUUAUUAUGAGUUCCAUGUGUUGGUUAGAGCCGGGCCGGGUUAGAGCCGGGCCGGGUUAGAGCCGGGCCGGGUUAGAGCCGGGCCGGGUUAGAGCCGGGCCGGGUUAGAGCCAGGCCAGGUUGCUGCCUCUGUCCUGUGUUUUGGUCUGAGAGAUGUCUUCAUAUCUGGAACACCAGUGCAAUAACUACAAAGUGGGAAAACUGAGAAAAAAAAUAAAAUAGGAAAAACAAAGCAUAAUAUUCUAAACUUGUAUAUUAUUUCUAAAAUAUUGUAGACUGAAUAUUCACAGUUACAAAUGAAGACUUGGUCCCUUUUAUUAUUAUUAUUAUUAUAUUUUUAAAAUGUGUUAAGCUUUUUAUUUUCUAGGUUCUUUCUGUCCUUUCUGACAGCGCUGUUCAUUGGUGGGACUGUAGGAUGCUGUUCAUUGGUGGGACUGUAGGAUGCUGUUCAUUGGUGGGACUGUAGGAUGCUGUUCAUUGGCUUAUCACAGAGACGGAGGGAGGGACUGUUCCAUGCCAUGACGACGCCACAUUAUUCUCUAGGUUCCGCGUGUUCUCACGGUUUGCCGUCAUUACCUCCUCCCUGUAUAAAUAAAGUUUUGGGUGGUUGAAGCUCUGUUAUUGUUGAUAACGACUAGUUGUAAAUGAAAUGUAUUGUGUCUUUCUGACAGUGCUUCCUUACUAACCUGGCUGUCUUCAUCAUGGCUUCCUACUGCACUAUAUGUUGCAUGGGUCCCCAAUGGCUCCCUAUAUGCACUAUAAAGGGAAUAGGGAGCCAGACCAGUCCUGUAGUUUUAUCAUGUUCAUCAAGGGCACCCCUCUUUAUCAUUAAAUAUAUUCUGCCAUCUCUA